CAACUAUCGAAAAAUCUCGAUCGAGAAAUUGUUAACUUCGUCUGACGUUUCGCACCCCCUCACCUGUCAACCUCUUUUUCGUCGUUUUAACAUUGAAAAGUUAAUAAAUCAAAUUCACAGAAUAAUUAUACGCAAUAAAAAUAAAAGUGCAUAAUCGAUCAUUUAAAAAAGUUUAUUUUGAAAUUGCACGGAAAUUUAACCUAUAGAUCAUUUCCGUUGUCCUCCUAUCAUCAGACGAAGCCAUGAUCUUUUUCAGUUCACUUGACAUAGCACGAUUUUAUACACGUCUAUUAUCAUUUACCAAUUAAAUUAAUAUUUCAUUAUAAAAUUAAUCUGGUUUUUUUUAAUCGUUUACGUAAAGUAUACAAAUUAUAGUGUAUAUUAUUAUUACGCCUACUGAAGAAGAAACGUAAUUUGAAAUGAUCACUCUUCAGUCACAUAAUCAGGUGCUGUUCCAUCUGACACAGUUAACAUCGAGCAUUAAUCCCAGAUUUGUACCAUUCGUAGCAAAAGAAGAAAAAAAAAGCAAACUUAUUCAUAGGAAUGAAGAUCUUUGUUUAGACAGUUUUGUCGAGGUAGCAAAAAAUUGUAAACAUUUGCCAGUUCUCAAAUUAAAUGUCAACAAUAUAGCAAAUAUAUGCGGAACAAAAAAUGAUAACUUAUGGUUAAUAUUGGAUAAUAUUUUUCUUAAAACAUCCAAAAAAUCUUUAAGAAUAGAUUCCAAAUGGAACGUGUCAUAUACAUCAGGAACUAAUUUUACUGAAAAUAAAAGAAAAUUUCCAUGUUCGGAACUUACACAAUCUAUGAUUUUACCAGCAAUAUAUUUAUCAUUUAAAAAACAAUAUAAACCAUUUCAUAAUGUAUGGAAUAUAAUACCGUCAAAUUGUAAUGUACAAAUACGUUCUUUUAAAACAGAACGUGACAUAAAAGUAACGUAUAAAAGAAAUCCGUCUGUAUUCACUAGGAUGAAGGAAUGGUUUGAUUCGUUUGGUUUAGCCUCGGAAUCACAUAAGACGUCGUUUCCUAGCGAUCUCAAACCACAAGAUAUAGAAUUUAUGAACAGGAUUUUUGCAAAUAUGAACGAAAUUACUGGUGAAACAAAAAAAUCCAAAGUUGCGUUUGCGGAAGGAUAUGCUUUAGGUUUACAAGCAAAAGUUAAGAAUCGCAAGGGAUGGUUAAAAUUCAUUAAUUGGUUGACAAUAGCAUUGUUGGUGCUCAUCAUAUGCUUCCCUUUUAUCAACCUGGGAAGUGUAUUUAGAUUUUCAUUUAGUAACAAAAGUGAAAUUGACCCAGAAGAAAUUCAUUUCACUUUCGAUGACAUCAAAGGAGUUGAAGAAGCUAAGCAAGAAUUGAAAGAUAUAGUGGAAUUUCUUAGAGAUCCCGAUAGGUUUACUUCAUUGGGUGCAAAAUUACCAAAAGGUGUAUUAUUGGUAGGUCAACCGGGAACUGGAAAAACGAUAUUAGCACGUGCAGUAGCUGGCGAAGCUGGCGUACCAUUUUUCCAUGCAGCAGGACCCGAAUUUGAUGAAAUUUUAGUAGGACAAGGUGCACGUAGAGUGAGAGAUCUGUUCAAAACAGCUAAAGAAAAAGCACCAUGCGUGAUCUUUAUCGAUGAAAUUGAUUCUAUUGGUGCAACAAGAACACCUUCUGUCCUUCAUCCAUAUGCAAAUCAAACUAUUAAUCAGUUACUUUCAGAGAUGGAUGGAUUUCAUCGAAACGAAGGAGUCAUUGUAUUAGGUGCUACAAAUAGAAGAGAUGAUUUAGACAAAGCAUUAUUGAGACCUGGUCGUUUCGAUGUAGAAGUUAAUGUUCGAAUACCAGAUUAUACAGGACGAAAGGAAAUCUUAGAAUUAUAUUUAGCAAAAAUUAUGACUCGUGAUAUUGACGUAGACUAUUUAGCAAGAGGCACAACUGGUUUCACUGGAGCAGAUAUAGAGAAUAUGGUUAAUCAAGCUGCUUUACAAGCAGCAAUACUUAAUUCAGAUUAUGUAACUAUGAAACAUCUGGAGUAUGCGAGAGAUAAAGUUCUUAUGGGUCCAGAAGGAAAAUCUAAAAUUCCUGACGAAGAAACUAAUCGUAUUACAGCAUAUCAUGAAGCUGGUCAUGCAUUAGUCGGAUUAUAUACGAAAGAAGCAGAUCCACUUCACAAAGUAACAAUUAUUCCACGAGGACCGUCUUUAGGACAUACUUCAUAUAUUCCUGAAAAAGAUAAUUACCUUACAACCAAAUCGCAUCUACUGGCUAGAAUGGAUUGUUUAAUGGGAGGACGUGCAGCUGAGGAAUUAAUUUUUGGUCCUGACAAAAUUACUACAGGAGCAGCUUCAGAUUUUCAAAAUGCUACAAAAAUAGCAGAAACUAUGGUACAAACGUACGGAAUGUCUGAUAAAGUUGGGGUGAGGAUGUACGAUUUUCAAAAGAAUUUUAAUUAUGCUCCCAGUACCAACGAAAUGCUUGAUAACGAAGUUAAAAGACUUUUACAAGAAUCAUAUGAACGCGCUAAGAACAUAUUGAAAUUGCAUGCUAAAGAACAUAAACAAUUAGCAGAUGCUUUAAUCGAAUAUGAAAUAUUAGAUUCUGAUGAGAUAAAAGCUAUAAUAAAUGGAAAAAAAAUUAGAACUGAAACUCCAAAUAAAAAAGCAACAAUUAUAGAUGUACCUAAUAAGAAUGUACCUAAUCCAACAAAUAAGGGAAUCUUAGAUGUACCUAAUAAGAUGUAAUUAAUAAUAUUCUAAAGUAUGACUUUUUUGUUGUGAAAAUUGAAACGAUCUAGACAAUGUACCAUAUUAUCCCGUGGAUAUAAAUUUAAGAAAUAAUUAUAUAAACUUAAAAUGAUGUUAAAUUUUCAAUUUUCCAUAUCAACGUAAAAAUUCAUUCUGCUUGUGAUAUUUCUUUGAAAUGUUACAUAUUUUAAUAUCCACCUUUUAUUGGAUUUUAUUCUUUUCUUGCAUUUCUUUCGAACACUAUUGAUUUUCAUUACACUUAAUUCGUAUUCUCUUUUUUUUUCUUUGAGACUUUAUAAUUGGUAAAUAAAAUAAAAAUAACAGUAAAAUUUGAUUAUUAAUAAUAUUUUUCAGGAAAUAAAUGAUUAAGAUAAUUCUAUAAAAUAUGCUUACAAAUAUUUUUAAAAGAAAUAUUAAACCAAUUAUAAAGUCAAUUGGAUACUCGUAUUAAUUAUCCUAGUAUAUAUUAACCACAGGAUAUUGUGGUACAUGAGAUAAUUAAUAAUAUAAGAAGUUGUAUUAUUUGAAAUUUGUGGCUACUUUUUUAUGUUAUCAUAAUAGUAGUGGUGUAUUCACCACUUCCAGUCUGUCUACAUAAUAACUUGGUUAUUAGAUUUAAUAACAUGCAUUAACUUUUGUCAAGUUAUUACUGUCCCCUCUCUUGUACUAGAUUAUCUUUAAUACAAUAAAAGGAAUGUUCUUUUAGAACAAUACGUCAGAGAUAUAAAA